UACUUGUUUCACGAGGCAGUAGCAGCCGUUUCUACAUUUGCCUUCACUAAAUAACUUUAAAGUCACUGUUCAGUGUUCUCUAGUAGUUGCAGUUGCAGUACUAAAUAAUAAAUAUCACAUGAGUUCAAAUCUUGAAUAGUUCGAGAGCUUUAUUACAUAACUGAGUGGUUUCCACUUUCCAGUGAUAAUAAAAUAUCUUAUCUAUUAAUUAGUUAGUAUUAGCCAUGUCUGUGUCAAUACGCAUUGUUAUUACUGCAUUUUGUUUCCAUCUCCUUCUCUUGCUUGUUAACUCAUCAGAUAUGGAUCCCUACAAAGCACUCCACAUAAUCUUAAACCAUGACGGCACCCUCACGCGCUUACAAACACCUCCACAAAGCCAACCCUCACCCGAUCCCAAUCUCCCCACACCCGCUCUCUCCAAAGACCUCCCCAUCAACAAAUUGAAACACACUUGGGCUCGGAUCUACCUACCUCACAAAACACACUCCAAGCUACCCCUCAUUGUUUUCUACCACGGCGGUGGCUUCAUUUUCUACAGCGCAGCUUCUACUUAUUUUCACGAUUUCUGCGCCAACCUCGCCAACCAAACCCAAUCCGUCGUCGUUUCACUCGAAUACCGCCUCGCUCCAGAACAUCGUCUACCCGCGGCGUAUGAAGACUCCGUGGAAGUGCUUCACUGGAUCAAAUCCUCCAACGACCCGUGGUUGACACGCCACGUGGAUUACUCUCGUUGUUAUCUCAUGGGGGAAAGUGCCGGGGGUAAUAUUGCCUACACCGCGGGUCUACGUGCGGCUGCAAUUGUUGAUCAGAUUAAACCGCUUAACAUCAAAGGGCUGAUAUUGAUUCAACCGUUUUUUGGUGGGACCAAGAGGACUCCAUCUGAGAUUAGACUCGAGAAGGAUUGGAAUCUGCCUUUGGUCGUUACUGAUUUAAUGUGGAAUUUGUCGUUGCCUGUAGGAGCUAAUCGUGACCAUGAGUAUUCUAAUCCGACGGUGAAUGGUGGUGCUAAGGUUUUGGAUCAGAUAAGGUUGUUUGGGUGGAAGGUUGGGGUGUUUGGGUGUGAUGGGGAUCAACUUGUGGAUCGUCAGAGGGAAUUGCUGAAGUUGCUUGAGGACAAAAGUGUCAAUGUGGUGGGACAAUUUUACACUGGAGGUCGACAUGGCAUUUUCAUUGGCGAUCCUUCCAUGUCUCAAAAGGUGUUUCAUUUAGUGAAGAGUUUCUAUUCAUGAAUGAUGACUCAUCUGCUCAAUACUUUGUCCCGUACUAGUUUGCUUCAUGUAAUAUGUUAGUCUUAUUAUCCAUCAAUAUGAAAAUAAUUUUUAAGUUUUGAGGGGGUUUUAUGCAAGGAUUCUCGUAAAUUAAUAUCGUUAAUAUUUUAAUUUCUAUGCGA